GUUUCUCGUCCCAUUGGGGCCCCCGUGCCCCGGGCGAACCUCCAGGACCGCCCUGUUGCCGCGGAGCGACGCGAGGCGCUGGAGCGCCGCGAGCGCGAAGCGGCGGAGCGCGCGGCGCAGGCCGCGCGCCCGGCGCCGCGGCCGCCUGCGGAAAAGGCGCCGGAGCCGAG